UGAUACAGGAUGCUGUUCCCUCUGGUGUUGUGUGCAGUUAUGCUGGUAGGGAGCGGUAAAGUUCAAGAAGAUGAAUGGAUUGACCCCACGGAUAUGCUCAAUUAUGAUGCAGCAUCAGGAACAAUGAGAAGACCUUACAAGGCAAACUAUCAUGACUCUGAGGAUAAGACAGUGGAUACAGUCAGUACUGAAAACUCACCAAGUUGUUCCAGGACAAUAGAUUCCCUGCAACAGAAGAUUGCAGAAUGUGAGAAGAGGAAUGCCAAGUCACAGGAAAGCCGUAGCUUUUAUAUUUUUAAGCGAUACUUGAAUAAAAUUUUAAAUGAAGCUGGAAAACUUGGCCUUCCUGACGAAAACGUGGGCCAAGUCCACUACGACGCUGAGAUCAUCCUUACAAAACAGACAUAUCUGGAGAUCCUCAGGUUUCUCAAUGAGGAAAGCUGGCAGCCAGGUGCCAUGGAUGAUGCACUUAGUGAUAUUUUGAUCAAUUUUAAGCACCAUGAUUAUCAAGCUUGGCACUGGAGAUUUGAGGACACUUUUGGAAUUGACCUAUAUAAUUUGUUUUUGCUACUCUUGUGCUUAGUGUGCAUUGUAACUGUAAUAGCUACAGAGCUCUGGACACGUAUUCUUUGGUUUGUUCAGCUAAAACGUCUUUUGUUAAUAAGUUUUUUCAUCAGUUUUGCAUGGAAUUGGCUUUACUUGUAUAAGUUGGCCUUUGCACAGCAUCAAGCAGAAAUUGCAAAAAUGGGGCACUUUGAUAACAUCUGUGCUGAGAAGUUGGACUGGCGAGAAAGUCUUUUUGAAUGGCUUAGAAGCACGUGGACGUUACAGGACGAUCCCUGUCAGAAGUAUUAUGAAACUCUACUUGUAAAUCCUAUUUUACUGGUUCCACCAACAAAGGCCUUGGCAAUUACUUUCACCAACUUUGUAACUGAGCCUUUGAAGCACGUAGGGCAAGGUAUUGGUGAAUUCAUCAAGGCACUAAUGAAGGAGAUUCCAUUCGUUCUGCAGGUUCCAGUACUAAUUAUGAUGGCUCUGGCUGUCCUGGCUUUUUGCUAUGGCGCAGGAUCAUCGGUGUCUGCGUUAAGAUACUUAACAUCUUCUCCGAAGAAAAGUCUUCCUCCACCUGAUAGUCAACAGGAGCAAAUAGGCUUUGGGCAGUACGAUGGGAGGCAAUCAGAGGACUAUUACUUGCAGAAGCACCCGUAUGUGUACAGAGGACACCAGGACAGAGGAGAUGGCUCUGCGAGACCUCCCCUCACUGUGAGAGCAGCGAAUGGCAGCAGGAACCCCGACACGGCACAGACCAGCGAUGAGCCGGACACACACGUACAAGAGUCUCACAAACCAGAACCUAAUAAUAGGUUGUACACUGAGUCUGAAGUUCAUAGACUAGAAACUCUCAAAGCUGAAAACCAUACUGAGGAACCUGCAGUUGAGCAGCAGAAACAGGAGACAGGCAAAGCAGAGCGAGAGGCUGGAGAAAACUGUGAUCCCAAUAAAAACCUAGAAGGGAGAAGCUCUGCGAUGGAGCAACGUGAAGAGAAGGAAAAGAGCAUUUUAUGUGACUCCCAGGAAGGAGACUAAGGAAGGCCCGAGCUCUGCUGUGGAGUAGAGGAUUUUGCCACUGAAGCAGCUGGGAGUCUGUUCUUCUCCUGGAAGUAGCACCUCUGGUCGUCCAUUCUGUUGCUCUGGAAUCGACUCAGCAGAUCAAAGAACCCUUCAUCUGCCAUUGUCUCUCGACUGCUUUUCUGAAAAGGAGAAAAGAUUUAGGGGUAUUUGGAACUUAAGAGUAUCUAAAGCUGAGACAACUGCAUCAGAGUUUAGUCCAGUCCUGUUUCAUAUUUGUGUAUCUGAUAUCUAUUAAAAUCAAUUUUUUUAGUCAUCCCUUUCUAUACACAGAGAUUUAUCAUAAGAGGAGAUAUAAGAAUAUGGCAGCAUUUUUCUAAGGUAUAAUAUAUUAGAAACAUUUCAUUCUCUCACGUGGAAAGAAACAGUGCUUGGAUCAUGGUACAGCUGGAGUUAUUCCUCCUCAGCCAUUAAUCCACUGAAAAAAACCCAAAUGCCCAUGACAGAAGAAAAGCAACAAGAACAGCAAUCAGCAGUUUCCAUUGUCUCCUCAGGUUUAUGAUCAAAUGCCUUUUAUUUUUAACUGAGUUCUGUCAAGAGUGCAAUAAUCUAAAAUGUCCAAAAUAUCUCCCACUGCCUGAAUCAGAGAAACUAGAUUUUAUUAAGUUUAGAGAAGCAGUGUCUAGAAGAGACUUAGAAAUAAAAUACGUGGGUAAGCUGAGCUCUAACUUUAGAAAAUCCAUGAGGAAUACAAUGCAGUGUUAGGAAAAGCUUAAAGCUGGCACCACCCAUGAGACAGCUGUAGAAUGGAAGAUUCUGCAUGUUUUACAGAGCCACAGUGUUUAAAUGAAGUUAAAGUGAAAUGGACAGUUGCAGGAAUGUGUUUUCCAUAAUUCUGAUCAGACAAAGAUGAGUGAAGGUGAUGAUCUCCACAGCUCACCAGACCUACCCUCUGGGAGUUGGGAAGUCGAUGAUCAAUAGAAUUACUGGCAUCCUGCAAAACUUUGGAAGUGGUGCUGGUUUUGUACUUUUUGCCUUUUAGUCGAUUUACAAAAUGCAGUUUUGCUGAAGGUUUGGCAACCAGUGGUUUCUGUUUAGCAAGAAUCUCACUGUUCCAGUUCUGAACCUAAGAAAACAAGAGUCAUGAAAUUAAGCCUUGAGAUUUUAAUUACCUCCUACUUGCUGCUGCUUCUCCUUCCCAAAAUGAAGCAGCUUUAUUUUGUUCAUCCAACCACAAGGAUGUUAAAACUUUGGGUUUGGUUCUGUUACUUGACCUGGGAUUAGUGAGCUGUUGUUGGCUGGAGCAGGUUAGUGCUGUUACUGAUUAGGCUGAGAACUGUUGUGUGACACCUGAUGGAUUAAAAUGUGAUCAAAUAGUGUAUUUAAUUAAACACACUGAAGUUGUCCUUGCUGACUGCAGUGCAGGAAAAACAGUUAUAAUGUAAAUGCUGAACUGCAGACACAGCUGGUAUUUCCCACCUGACAUUCUUAAAACUGGAAAUAAAAAAAUUAAAAGCCCCCAUAUUACAAAGUGUCAGAGCAAAAAAACCCUUAUACCAACCCAGAUACUCAACAAGCCUUCCUUGAAGUCCUUCAUAUACACAAACUUCUCAGUAAAGACUGAAAAGGAAGAGGGAGAAUAAUGCCAGCACAAGAGCAAACAGGAAUGACCAUCUUGUUUCACUAAAGAUCAGAAUGGAUAGCUUUGUCAACCUGUCAGAUUUUCCCUAAAAUAUCUUCUAAAAUAAAUAGAAUUAUCCACAAAAUAGCUUUAUCCACAACUGACAGACUCUUAUAACUGAGUAAAACCAAAAUAAAACCUUUUCUUUCCUGAUUCAACAUCACAAAGCAUGAACACAGUCACAAAUCUUCCAGCAACAGUGCCUACUGGAUUGCCUUUUCAAGGCUUCCUGAGCACCCGCACACAGACUGUGACUCCAAGAUGGCAUCCUGUCCACUGAAACCCUAGUGCUCCUGUUGUGCAUUGCUGUAGAUACCAAGGACUUCCAUGGAAGAAUCUACUCAAUAAGUACGUUGAAAAAAAGUCCUUUAUAAAGUGCUAGACUGCAAUAGUAGAUUAAAGCCAAAAAUCUACAUGAAACAGACUUUCUAAAUCGGUACCCAAAGCAGGUCUUGAGCAUUAGCGCUGACUUCAGCUGUACCCACUGUCCAUGUGCUUUGAGAUUUUAUUGCCUGUUUGAUCAACAUGAUGACAGGCUUUGCCUCACUUGAAGAGAGGGGAAUUAGAUAUCCCAGUGUGGAGGGAAAAAUAUCAAUUUCAGUGUGCCACUGGAGUCAUUCAUGUAGAACUGCCAGCCCACUAUUGAAAGGCAGAUAGAACUGAAGGAAAACUCUCACAGAGUGACACAAGGAUUUUAAUCAGGAACUCCUAUCUCUAAGAGAUUUCUCUGAGCCUGGGGAGGAAGUUGCUUUGCUUAUCAGUGACUCAGGUGCAGCAUUUCUGCAAUAGCACCCUUACUCAAGAUGGAUAUUGAAGCUCCUGAUGGCUUGCAAGUUGAUUGAAAUCCCAAAAGGAAAAAACCCAUAUAUUUUAAGUGCCUAUAAAAUGACUGUAGCCAAAGAAAAAAUGUUCAGAACAGCUGAACUAAAGCUGAGAAAUUUUACUCUGAAUCACUCAUGCUGCAACCUCAAACCAUCUCUAUAAAGAUAUGAAUGCACCUACAGGACCUCAUUCUUUCUUAUUUGUGCAGUGAAUAAAGCAAGCUUCCCACAA